AUGCCCUGUAUCUGCAGUCGUACUCCAGUUAGGGGUCAUCGCGUCCAGCGACACUUCUCGCCGCUCACAACCCGAGCCACAUUCAGUCCAGAACGGCUCCUUAGCCCACCGCCAGGCACUCUGAAGAAAACAUUUCCUCUCAUUGAGUCCGUAUCCGAAGCCAAUGCCAAGGAAAGCAGUGAGGAGAUUUGCUCACAACUCGGUAUCAGCGAGGCGGAACACUCCAACAUUCAGGACUUCUUGCGUGAUCUCAUCACCAACCACCUCAAGUUAAAAGUGAGCUAUUCAAAACAGAUGGGUUCUGCUGUCAGAACAGUCUUCUCAAAGGCCAAGGAACAGUAUCCCUGCUUUGAAAGUCAGGACGAGACACUUGAGAGCAUGCUGAAGCAGCAGCUGAAGAAGGCCAGUAAGCAACGCAUCUUAUUUAGGAGAUGUUUGUUCUACAAAUGUAAGAUUUGUGUGCAACAAUAUGAUGGCUGUGCAAUUCCGUCAUCAAACGUAGAAUUUGAGAGCAAAUAUGUCCGGGGAACACCGGUUUUGGUCUAUCCUCAAGUUUUUAGUCCCUAUGUUUACACAUAUGUGGCCCUUCAUAUCCGUCGCUGUCUGAAGUGUCUCUUCCCACCACCACCCACACCCGUGCCGCCUCGUCACCACCACCACCACCAGUCGCCGCCACCACUCACAACCGCCCAUAGCCGCCACCCAUCAAGAACGACGCGAGAACACCACGUCACGAACAAACGAGCCCCCAGCGAGGCCGAGGCGAUGAAAACGGACGACGAGGGAUGUCCGAGAGGGUGCCACGUCACUGAUAGCGACGUGGCAACCAAACGACGAACGACGACGUCGUCGUUCGUCGUCAUACAAAACCCAUUUCCAUGUACCCCAUUCCUUUCCCCUCCCCCUCCCCCUGUCCCUCCUAUCCCUUCCCCCCCUGUCCCUGUCCCUGUCCCUGUCCCUGUCCCUGUCCCUGUCCCUUCCCCCUUCCUUUUCCCUGUCCUUUCCCUGUCCACCCCCAUUUCCUUCUACCCCCUUCCCUAG